AUGGUUCAUGGGCCUGGUGCUGAUAUUGAUACCUUAUGUGUUGGACCAAAACAUGCCAGUCGAAAUGAAGACUUCUUUGGUGAACUUUACAGAAUGCUCUCCGAGAUGCCUGAAGUACAAGAACUGCACCCGGUGCCAGAGGCUCAUGUUCCUGUCAUGAAGUUCAAGUUCAAUGGUGUUUCUAUAGAUCUACUUUAUGCAAAUGUGUCACUAUGGGUUAUUCCCGAAGACUUGGAUAUUUCUCAAGAAUCGAUUCUGCAAAAUGUGGAUGAUCAAACUGUUCGCAGUCUCAAUGGUUGUAGAGUGACUGACCAAAUAUUGCGGCUGGUCCCAAAUAUUGAGACUUUCAAAACGACACUCCGAUGUAUGAGGCUGUGGGCAAAGCGACGUGGGGUUUAUUCAAACGUUACUGGUUUCCUUGGUGGUAUUAAUUGGGCAUUGCUUGUUGCUCGCAUCUGCCAAUUGUACCCAAAUGCUUUGCCUGGCAUGUUGGUGUCUCGAUUUUUUAGGGUGUAUAAUUUGUGGCGGUGGCCUAAUCCAGUUAUGCUCUGUCCAAUUCAAGAAGGAUCUUUAGGACUUUCCUUUUGGGAUCCUAGGAGAAAUUAUAAGGACAGGUUGCACCUGAUGCCCAUAAUAACUCCUGCGUAUCCCUGCAUGAACUCUAGCUACAAUGUGUCGACAAGCACAUUACGGGUCAUGAUGGAGGAAUUUCAAAGAGGGAAUGAAAUGUGUGAGGUUCAUGGUCCUGGUGCUGAUAUUGAUACCUUAUGUGUUGGACCAAAACAUGCCAGUCGAAAUGAAGACUUCUUUGGUGAACUUUACAGAAUGCUCUCCGAGAUGCCUGAAGUACAAGAACUGCACCCGGUGCCAGAGGCUCAUGUUCCUGUGAUGAAGUUCAAGUUCAAUGGUGUUUCUAUAGAUCUACUUUAUGCAAAUGUGUCACUAUGGGUUAUUCCCGAAGACUUGGAUAUUUCUCAAGAAUCGAUUCUGCAAAACGUGGAUGAUCAAACUGUUCGCAGUCUCAAUGGUUGUAGAGUGACUGACCAAAUAUUGCGGCUGGUCCCAAAUAUUGAGACUUUCAAAACGACACUCCGAUGUAUGAGGCUGUGGGCAAAGCGACGUGGGGUUUAUUCAAACGUUACUGGUUUCCUUGGUGGUAUUAAUUGGGCAUUGCUUGUUGCUCGCAUCUGCCAAUUGUACCCAAAUGCUUUGCCUGGCAUGUUGGUUUCUCGAUUUUUUAGGGUGUAUAAUUUGUGGCGGUGGCCUAAUCCUGUUAUGCUCUGUCCAAUUCAAGAAGGAUCUUUAGGACUUUCCUUUUGGGAUCCUAGGAGAAAUUAUAAGGACAGGUUACACCUGAUGCCCAUAAUAACCCCUGCGUAUCCCUGCAUGAACUCUAGCUACAAUGUGUCAACAAGCACAUUACGGGUCAUGAUGGAGGAAUUUCAAAGAGGGAAUGAAAUGUGUGAGGCAAUAGAAGCAAACAAGUCCAGCUGGUCCGCCCUUUUCGAGCCUUUUGCCUUCUUUGAAGCAUACAAAAAUUACCUCCAGAUAGAUAUUGCUACAGAAAACGACGAGGACAUGAUGAACUGGAAAGGCUGGGUCGAGUCCAGAAUACGCUUGCUCACACUAAAGAUAGAAAGAGACACUAGUGGAGUCCUCCAAUGCCACCCCCACCCGGGCGAAUUCUCAGACAAAGCUAAGCCAUUCCACCACAGUUAUUUCAUGGGCUUACGAAGAAAACAAGGCGCUAACCCUCAGGAAGGUGAACAAUUUGACAUAAGAAUGACAGUUGAGGAUUUCAAAAGAGAUGUGUAUGCUUACUCUUUCUGGAAGCCUUCAAUGUGGAUCCAUGUGUGCCACGUCAAGCGAAAGGACAUACCUGGAUUUGUUUUUCCCGGUGGGGUCCGCCCUUCCCCACCUGCCAGGACCUCUGCCGAGGGCCGCUCAGUUUUGACCAGGAAGAAAAGAAAACAGCAGGAGGAUAAUAUGAGCCGGGGAAUAAGUCCAAGUGAGUCAUUGAGUGGUGCAUUUGUCAAUAGUGAUGCAACUUCUGUGGAUGUAACGAGGGAAAAAUCCAGGCGAAUGGAACCCGAGUUUAGUGGCACAAUGGAGAAUUUAUCUGGUUCGUUGGCAUUGGAUAAGUCUGUGACCCAGCAGCAAUAUUCAGCACAAACUGUUGUUAAUCAACAAGGUUCUUCGGAAGUUGUUGAUGGGGUUAUGGAUGAUGAUCUACAGUCAAAGACCGAAAUCCCGAAAAAUGAUGAAACGGGAGGAAGUGGAUUAUCUCCGCCUUUGACUUCAGAGCAAGCGGGAGGAGGAGUAGCUGGAGCAGCAGGGGAUUGGCCCAUGUGCUCGAGGGUUGAACCGAAGAAUGAUGAUUUAGAGGAGCUUGAGCCUCUCGAAUUGUCUGUAACAAGUGCAACUGCAUCUGUGCCAGCAAAUGUGCCUGCUCAGAAACCCCGUAUCAGGUUUAGUUUCACUUCUUUGCCCAAGGCGACCGGCAACAGCGCCUAA